UCCAAGAGAAUCAAGAUGGCGGCUGAGCAGAAGAGAAGUGGCUGCAAGCUUUUUAUCAGACAUUUGCCGAGUAUUUUGAGUAAUGAUGACAAAACAGAUUUACUGAAACACUUUGGAGCUACAGAUGUGAUUUGUAUGGGGAGAAGCAGCAAAAUGAAGGACUCUGCUUUUGCAGAAUUUGCUGACGAAACCGCAGCCAAUAAGGCUUUGAAUAGACUUCACCAAGUUGAAAUCCUUGGAUCAAGAUUAGUUGUAGAAUAUGCAAAGAAAUACCAUGAAAGACUCUCAGCUCAAAAUUCCCACAGAAUGUCACCCAAAAAAGAAGAAGAAGACAACACUACUGAAGAAAGUGAGAAAACACAUAUUUUACAAGAAAAAGGAGAGGACAUGAAAAAAGAGAAAGUUAGUGGGAUUGCACCUAAACUAGGUAUAAAGUAUCCAUCAAAUCCUAACCUUUCCUACUUGUACCCAUCACCUAAUGCAACAAUACUUACAAACAUUGCUCAUACUUUGGCUUGUGUGCCCAAGUUCUAUGUGCAGGUCCUUCACUUGAUGAACAAGAUGAACUUACCAGCACCUUUUGGUCCUGUUACUCCAACUCCACCCAAUGUUAGAGAAAUGCACCCAAGUGAGAAUAUAGAAUCUAGUGAAGAGUCAGAGAUGGAGAGUGAUGAAGAAGAGAAUAAAAAGAGAUCUAGGAUUAAGGAACACUCAUUGCCUAAGAAACCAGAGACAAACACAAAAAAGCGUGUCAAACUAAAGGCCACCAAAGGUCCGUUACCCAAGAAGCCCAAACCAUCACAUUCCUACAAACAAGAAUCAAUAGAAGCAGUAUUUGAGCAACCGUCUCACCAGACACGCAAGAUAGAGUUCAACCUGACAGACUCUAUCACCUCUAUCUUUGAUGCAGCACCCCCUCAACUUGAACCAGUCAGCCAAUCAAAGGAAGAGGAGCCAAGUAUGGAGGGAUUUGGGAAAUUUGCUCCCCAAGCAGAACCAAUUGCUAUGGAUACCAAUGAAGAUGAAGAAGAAACCACUUUAAGGGAUGAGAGUGACGAGUUUAUUUCACAAAAAGAAUUAGAUUCCAAUAGGAUGAGUAAAAAGGAACUUAGUUCCUUGUCGGCACUUAAGAAGUAUUCCUCUGGAGAUCCCACUACCAGGUUGUAUGUGAAAAACCUUGCUAAGCACGUUGAAGACAAGGAUCUUCAUUACAUAUUUGGUCGGUAUGUUGAUUUUACAUUAGAAGAUGAAAAAGACAGGUUUGACAUCCGUCUCAUGAAGGAAGGAAGAAUGAAAGGACAAGCCUUCAUCACACUACCAUCAGAAAACAAGGCCAAAAGGGCUCUUGAAGAAGUACAUGGUUAUAUUCUGCAUGGCAAACCUAUGGUCAUUCAAUUUGCUCGAUCAGCCAAGGCAAAAGAAACCAGUUGACCAAAUAUCACAGCACAGGUACUAACUAGCCUGCAUAGCAGCUCUCUGGGACAGGGCAGAAAAACGACUAAUCCACUACUUUCACUAUUUUUUUAUUUAACUGAGUUUAAUACUCCAAAUUUUUAAGCGUUUCAUUGGUGUCACUGCUGCUCGAAACUUGUGACGAAAUUUUGUCGAAUUAGAGUAAAUCUACUUGUAUAUUAGUAUUCACAAAAAUGUCAGUUUUUCUGCUGAUCAAAAUAUCACCUCUCCCAAAGUACACGGCUUUAUAUCUCAAAUACGCAUUGGUCGCAUUUGAUGUUUUGCUAUUUGGCUCCAAAAGAACGUGUUAACAAAAUAUUGAGCUUAAAUACAUAAAGCUGUCCAUAAGGCGAAAGGCCAAAAACCGUUUUUCUGUCCUGUAGCUCUCUGGAUGAAGAGAUACUUCUCUCUUACCCAUUCUGUCUCACCCAGAGAGCCUUCACGCAUGAUACACAGGUACUAGUAAAAUAUAGAGAGAUCAGUAUUUGGGGGGAAAAAACACAGAAAGAAAGGAAACAAAAAAGGAAA